CACAGAUUUCCUGACAUUAGCUGACAUUCCUGGAUUGCAGCACUUCACUUGAAAUUCAUAAGACAUCAUUGUUUCUCCUUUUUGCUGUGGGCUUGUUUGGUGAUGAGUGUCAUUACAGUCCAGUGUGUGAAAAUGGUGACAGCCAACAUGUUACUGAGUUUCUUCUUUGUUUCAGGUGUCAUGGCUGAUUGUCCUUAUCAUCCAGCCCUAUUCAUUACUGCACCAAAGAACAUGGAAGCAGUGAGUGGAUCUUGUCUGCAAAUCCCAUGUACCUUUCGUGCUAAAUCUGAAGUGGAAUUCAACAGCACAGGCACAACCUUUGGCGUGUGGAUUAAAAAUAACCUUGAUUUUGGUAGAUAUCCAAACAAUGUGAUUUUCAACAGUAGUGGGACAGUUACUACCUAUCCGUUGAGUAUUAAUGGAAAUCUGAAUCAGAAAAACUGCACCACUUUAUUUUCCAGUGUAAUCACAAGUUACGCAGACACAUACUACUUCAGAAUUGAGAACUGGCCAUUUGUGUCAACAGCUGUUUGUGAUCCUCUUCAAAUAAUAGUUAAAGAUUCUCCUCCGAGCCCCAGAAUUGAGAUCUCAGGUGAUCUGAAGGAGAAGGAGUCUGUCACUAUAACCUGCUCAGCUUCCACUCCCUGUCCACACUCCCCUCCUAAACUCACCUGGAAUCUCUUACAAUACCCUCACAACACAAUAGAGGAUAACACAGAUCUAACCUUCACAUCUAAAAUCCAGGAGACCAUCACUCUGUCAGACAAACAUGAUGGAGUCACCAUCACCUGUUCUGCCACAUAUCCUGUGGAUGGAGGAAACUAUAAGACAGCAGAGGAGAGAAACACUCUCAAUGUUUCAUACUCUCCCAGGGACACCUCAGUGGUCAUCAGUCCCGCUGAUCCAGUGUCAGUUGGCAGUGUGGUGAACCUGACUUGCUCCUGCAGAGGAAACCCUGCUGUUGUCAACUUUGUGUGGUUCAUGAUCACUGAUGGCAGACUGGAAAUGAUCAAAGUUGAUACACAGGUUUAUGGCUUUAAGGUGACCAACAGUGAUCGAGGCAGAGUGUAUUAUUGUGGAUGCAGAAAUGAUCUCGACAUUCAACUCUCAACAGGACGUCAGCUGAUAUUUGAAGAUGAUCAACAGUCUGAAGCAGUUAGUGUUGAAGCUAUAGUGAAGAUCCUGGGAAUCAUAAUGCUCAUCAGUACACUGGUCAUCUUUGAGUGCUGGUUUAGAUCAAGACAAUCCACCAAACCAGUGAAGGAAUCCCUACACCAUUGCACGAAAGACCCCAGCAACCAAAGCAAGGAUGCAGGAGACGCAGUCUACGUCAACAGUACGGUGACGUUACAGACAUGAUAAGCCAGGAGGAGAGGAGGAAGAUGUCUUGUUCUCUACAAAUACAACGACAUACUGUAUAGUUGAGUCUGUACUCACUUAGUCUCACUGUGCCAGUUACAAUAAAGUGUAGAUUUUCUCUGUAGAUUUGCUAAACUUAAUGGAAUAAUAUUUUAUGUUUUUUGCUGCUCUGCAUCUCGUCAUAAAAAUCAGCAUAGCACAAAGUAACAUCUUAAAUAAUUCAUCUUGUUGAAGUGAUUCAUGGCUUCUCCUUAAAAUAUCACAAAGAUGUUCAGACCAUGUAUUUGACUUUCACCGCUUAGCUGCUGUUUCUGUUUGGUGCAUGUAAAGUGUAAGACAGAAGAGGAAGGGUAAAUACUUGAACUUUUAGAUUUCCUGCAAAAGUUUUUUUACACAGCAGGAGGUGUUCAGGAGGAAUGCAUCUUUUAUUAUUUGUUCUAUAAUCUAUCACAAAUACACACGGAUUGAUGACAGCUGUGUAACGACCCGACCCAUUUUGCGUUUUGAUUAAAAAAAAAAAAAAAAAUUUAAACUGCCAGUGUAGAAGUGAAUGGGAUGUUGUUUUGAGUACAGAAUCAUUACAAAAUACUGCAUUUAAGGCUUUGAGAUUAAAGGGGCUAAAAUACACCUCUUGUAGCAUGUUGGAGCAGCUAUGUGUGCCCAUGUUUGACUUGUUGAGCUGAACUUCAUCCUUUGUGUGUGUGUAUGCUUUUACUGUUUAAAGAGGCCUGUGAUCCCAUAUAAUGACCUCAAGAGACAGGCAAGUAUAUUAUGACUUGAGUAGCAGGAAUAUUACAGGAUAUUUACAGGAUUUAUACUGCACUGAUCAGCAACUUCAUAUUUGUAAAAUUCACCUAAUUAAUCUAACUAAGAGCUGUUUUUGUUCCAUUUUUAGUACAUGUACAUGCGUGUUUUCAUACGAAAGGUAACGGAAGUUUUUAUCAACAGUCAGAAUCAGUGCUUCUUUCAUUGAGUUAAAAAAGUUUCAACGCACAGAAAUAAAGUUUUUGGUUUUUUGUUAAUCU